ACAAUUCUCGUUCUACAUUCUAAAUUACAAAAAAUUAUCUGCCUCUGGCAGUUUCCAUAUCGCCCGUUUGACGCUAUCUCUGGCUCUAGUCACUAGUGGCCGAGCUCUCGAACGAUACGGAACACGCUUGGGGGGCCAUUAAAUUUAAAUCAGUCUAGAUAAUCAUAGAAAAUGUCUGCCAGCAAGUGGGAAUCGGACGAGGAGAUUCAGUUCUUUCGGGAGUAUCUGCGCAUACCCAGUGUCCAUCCCAAUCCAAACUACGAGCCAUGCUUGGAGUUUCUCAAGCGCCAAGCGAAGCAGUUGGAGCUGCCGAUCAAGGUGUACUAUCCCGUGAAUGAGCAGAAUCCCGUGGUUGUCCUCACCUGGCAGGGUUUGGAGCCGGAGCUGCCCAGCGUGCUGCUCAACUCGCAUAUGGAUGUGGUGCCCGUCUUCCCCGAGAACUGGACACACCCACCUUUUGGGGCGGAGAUGGAUGCGGAGGGACGUAUCUUUGCACGCGGCACACAGGACAUGAAGUGCGUGGGCAUGCAGUAUCUGGCAGCCAUUCGGGCUCUAAAGAAGAGUGGCGCGCAGUUCAAGCGAACCAUCCACAUCUCCUUUGUCGCUGAUGAGGAAAUGGGAGGCAAACUGGGCAUGCGGCCGUUCGUGCACACCGACGAUUUCCGUGCUCUGAAUGUGGGCUUUGGAUUGGACGAGGGUCUGGCAUCGCCCACCGCGGAGUAUCCCGUAUUCUAUGCGGAGCGCAGUGUGUGGCGUGUCUACUUCCACAUCAGUGGCACGUCAGGCCACGGAUCCCUGCUGCUGCCCAAUACGGCGGGCGAAAAGUUGAACUACAUCGUCGGGAAGAUGAUGGCGUACCGUAAGGUGCAGGUCCAGCGACUGGAGAACAAUCCUGAGCUUUGCAUUGGCGAUGUGACGACCAUUAACCUGACCAAAGUGGAGGGUGGAGUCCAGAGCAAUGUGGUGCCGCCGCUGCUGAUGGUCUGCUUCGACUGCCGCCUGGCCCUGGACGUGGAUCACCAGGAGUUUGAGGCGACUCUUCAAAAAUGGUGCUCCGAGGCUGGUGGAGGCAUUGAGCUGACCUACGAGCAGAAGCAGCCGCGAGUGCUGCCCACACCCAUCGAUGAGAGCAAUCGCUUCUGGGUGGCAUUCAAAAAAGCCACGGACAAUCUGGGACUUGCAAUCAGGCCGCAAAUCUUUACUGGCGGCACUGACAGUCGAUAUCUGCGCCAGGUGGGCAUACCGGCUCUGGGUUUCUCACCGAUGAACAAUACGCCCGUUCUGCUGCACGAUCACGACGAAUUCCUGCGGGCGGACACCUAUCUGAGGGGUGUGCAGAUCUACCAGAAGAUCAUCAGCAACGUAGCGAAUGUGGAGUGUGUUUGUGUAGAUUAGUUGCUGACGAGAGAACACAUAAUAAAAGUAUUGUAACCCC